AUGUUCUAUACCUUUAACACAAGCUUAAGAAAUACUGAGUCGGUCCUGGAGCUAUUCUGCCUGCGGUGCUGCAGGAACGGCGGGAAGGACCACAUCGCCCUGAAGGAGAUGCCGGCCGUGCAGCUGGACACGCAGCACAUGGGAACAGCUGUUGUCAUUGUAAAAUGUGGAACAGGAGGUUGUUUAGCUAGCACACCUUUACAUCAAAACAAAAGCUACUUAGAAUUCAAAAUACAGUCCACAGGAAUCUGGGGUAUUGGUGUUGCAACUCAGAAAGUUAACCUGAAUCAGAUUCCUCUCGGCCUAGAUGAGCACAGUUUGGUGAUGAGAAACAAUGGAGCUCCGUACCAAAAUAAUGAAGAGAAAAACAGGCUGCCAACAAACAGCCUUCCUCAGGAGGGAGAUGUGGUGGGUAUUACAUAUGACCAUGUAGAAUUAAAUGUGUAUUUGAAUGGAAAACACAUGCAUUGUCUAGCAUCAGGUAUACGAGGGACAGUGUAUCCAGUUGUGUAUGUUGAUGACAGUGCAAUUUUGGAUUGUCAAUUCAGGGAAUUUUAUCAUACUCCUCCACCAGGUUUUGAAAAAAUACUGUUUGAACAGCAGAUCUUCUAAAUAGAUUUGUUUUUGAAACUUGUAUUUCUUCACUGUUACAAGUA